AUGCUUCUUGGACACAACGAUGCCUAUACCCAAGAUGUCAAAAUGCAAGUAAUAGUUGCAUUCAACCACUUUGGAGAAGGGCUUGUUCAGCUAAUGCCCAGAUGCAGAUGCCGACAUGGAUACUUCCAUGUGGUGAAUAAUGAUUACACCCAUUGGGAAAUCUAUGCAAUCGGGGGAAGUGCAAACCCCAGCAUUAACAGCCAAGUAAAUAGAUUCUUUGCUCCUCAUAAUCUAUUCCAAAAGAAGGUGACAAAGCCCAAAGAUUCAACAGAAGGUAAUUGGAGAUUAGUGGGAGAUCUGAUUUUAAAUGGGGCAUUCUUCAUAGCAUCAGGGGUUGGAGCAUCCUCAAACUAUGCCAAAGCUUCGAGUAUGGAAGCAAGACCUUCCUCUAUUGUGGGCUCUAUAACUACAAAUUCAGGUGUUCUCACCUGCACUCCGAUCAGUAAUUACUAA